AUGCAAAAGCUCUUCAUUUUCACAACAACAAUACUCACAUGGGUGCUGGCAAAAGAAGAAAAUCUUGCAAAUCGACCACUUUCAAUCAGUUUUUGGCCUGGAGUCAGUUGGGAAUCGAAAAACCCGGCGAUAAGACGAUCUUCAUCAUUGAGUACUUCAUCUGCUGAGAAAAGAAAUUUGGAAGAGAAUGAGAUUUUGAAUCGGAUUCGGGGGAGAUUGAGGAAUUGCUUUAUGCAGCCAUUUGAAUGUCAAAUGGAGCCACUCACACAAAAGGGUACAAUCCUUCUUCAAAAGUUGCAUGAACAAUUGGAAAUCGAGAGUCCAUUGCAACCGGGUGGAGAACUUCGGAGAUUCGAUGAAACGAGAAAAAAAAUGGAAUUAGCGAGGACAUUCAGAAAUUAUCAUUCACAUUUCCUUUACAAUCCCCUUUUUCGCUUACAAGCAUUCACUGAUUCAAAACACAAAAAGAAUGCUCGCCUU